AUGCAGUUCAACAGCGAGAACAUAUUUCAGUGGAUUGGCAUUCUCACAAUUCUAGUUUUCAGCUUCCAGUUCUUGUCCUUUCUGAAUUACCACCUCCGCCCAUCGAGACUGUCGAAAUACCUUAAACAGGACGGCCAAGCAUCCUGGGCCGUAGUCACUGGUGGAGGAGGCGGGAUUGGCUAUGGGUUCAGCCGUGAGCUGUGCCUCCAAGGCUUCAACGUGAUCAUCAUCGGUCACCUACGAGACGAACUUGAAGAAGCGCGCACACAACUGAGUAAACUCAAUCCUUCCGCUGAGAUCAAACUCAUCGUCCUCGACGCCACAACUGCGACCUACAACGCGACCCAGAAAGCCAUCACUUCCAUCCUCUCCUUGAACAUCACUAUCCUGGUCAACAACGUCGGUGGUGUUGGAGCUAUCUUCAAAGAGCAUUUCAAAGACCUCAAACGCUACACCGGCCCCGAAAUCGACUCCGUCCUGUACAUGAACAACCGUUUCCUGACUUACCUCACCCGAUUGCUCCUGCCCACUCUGAUUCGCUCCCAACCCUCAACCAUCAUCAACCUCAGCUCCGGCGCCUGGCUCGGCUCACCCUACCAAGUCCUCUACGGCGCGAGCAAAGCUUACGUCAAUGCAUUCAGUCGCGGUCUGGACAUCGAACUGCGCGCCGAGGGCCAUCGAGACCUGCAAGUGAUGGCGAUUGUGCUUGGCAAUGUACGGAGCAAAUCUAAUGUCGUCGACACGUCGUGGAGUGUGCCGUUGGCGGAUGAUAUGGCGAGAUAUGCAUUGCAGAAGGUUGGGCGCGGGAGGUCGAUUUGUGUGCCAUAUUGGAGACAUGGGGUGCUGAUUUGGGUGCUGGAAAGUUUGCUGCCGAAGUUUGUUGCUGAAACGGUACUCACGGGCGUGUAUACGGAUUUGAAGAAGAUGUAUCUGGAGAAGGGGGCGUCUGUGAAGGAGGAAUGA